AUGUCCGUCUCCGGCAUGAAGAAGCAGCUCCACAAAGCCAGCCAGCUGCUGAACGAGAGGCUGAUGGGAGCUGAGGGGACCAAGCUGGACGAGGAUUUCCUGAAAAUGGAAAAGAGCAUGGCAGUGAUCCACGCUCUGUUAGCCGAGCUGCUGUCCAAAACCACAGAGUUCCUCCAGCCCAACCCAGCCCACAGAGCCAGACUGAGCAUGCUCAGCACCAUGUCCAGGAUCCGAGGGCAGGCCAGGGCGUCGGGCUACCCGCAGACAGAGGGCAUGCUGGGAGACUGCAUGCUGCUCUACAGCCAGGAGCUCGGACCCGCCUCAGAAUUUGGUGGCGCCCUGGCAGCAGUAGGCGGAGCUCUGCAGCAGGUCGGUCAGGCCAGAGACGCUCUGGACGUCAGCGUCAAACGCACCUUCAUCGACCCCCUGCAGGACCUCCAAAACUCAGAGCUGAAGGAGAUCAAGUUCCAGCUGAAGAAAGUGAACAGCCGCCGGCUGGACUUCGACUAUAAGAGGAGACGAAGUGGGAAGGUCCCAGCAGAGGAGAUGCGGCACGCCUGGGAUAAGUUUAUGACUUCCAAAGAACUGGCCGAGAGGAGCAUGUUUGUCCUGCUGCAGAACGAUGUGGAUCAGAUCAGCUUCCUGGCAGCUCUGGUCGCCGCCCUGCUCGACUUCCACCGCAGCGCCCAUCGCGUCCUGGUUGGUCUCCACGGCAACCUGCAGGGCAGGUUGACCGCAGCCAGUAACAAACCGGAGCGGAGGUUCAGAUCCAAAAAGAUCCGAAUCAGAGGAGACCUCACAGAGAGCAGCGUUGGGUUUUACCAGCAGCCAUCAGCCACACUGACUUCAGGACAGCAAUUCACAGUGUUACAGUCCAGACCUGGCAGCCCCAUCUCCACCUAUGCUCACAGUCCGCUGACUCUGGAUCAGCCCUGCUGCCGGGCCCUGUACUCUUUCCUGCCAAACCACGAGGGCGAGCUGGGCUUCAGCGAGGGCGACAUCAUCGUCCUCACCGGUCAGGCCGACGCCAACUGGUACGAGGGCGCGCUGGCGGGCCGCUCGGGGCUCCUCCCCGUCAGCUACGUGGACGUGCUGGUGCCUCUGCCCCUACAGUGACAGGCCGGCCCGGACUUCUUUUAACCUUAUGCAAAUUCUCAGCUUCUAUUUUUGCACUUUAUCACGAGCUGUGACAAAAAGGGAAGGAAGGCCAUAGUUUCUGUU